GGUCAAAAGUCAGUAGUUAGUGUAUAAUCUGAUUAAGUUACGUAAGCAAGGUGAUAAAUAAGUUCAAAGUUAAGAAAUAUUAUAAGUAAUUCAUGCUAAAAACAGUUAAGAUGUGUGUGUUUGAAAUUUGCUCAGAGUGAGACAUCGGUAUCACAAGCGAUCUUUGUAUUGUAUGUGCGGAAAUGGGAGCGAGGGAGCGCUCUGAUCAUUCACCUAUCUUUGACGUAUUUUCUCCGUUAAUGUUGUGAAAAGUGCUUCGGCAGUAUUAAAAGAGUGAAUAAGUUCAUGUACACGCUAUAAGUGCCCUACACGCUUGUACCUUGGGAAACGUUCGUCUUUUUACAAAUAAGAAAUAGAAAGGAGAAGCCUUGAGAGAGGAUAAGGCUUCAAAAGAUCUUCAUUAAAAGCAAGAAAAGCAAGCCUUGUGUGGAAGAUCUCAUCUAUUUUGUUCGCUGGCUGUCUAGCUUCACAUGGUCACGUGUCGUGAGGGCAGCACAGUAAAAAGACGCCUACUCAGCGGGUUCAAGCAUACAGAGCUACUUUAAGCAACAUGAGUCUACGCUCAGGAAGAAAUUAUCUAAAAGACUACGCUGCUGAAGAGCUAGACGAAGCAGCCAGUGGUGAACAGCAACCAGACAUCGCCACUCAAUCAGCUACAAUGCAGCAACAGUCUCAGCCAUUCGACACCAAGUCGCAGAAAUCCAGAACAUCGACAAGGCGGUCUCAACGGACAUCCUCAUCAACAGCUUCUGCAGCUGCAAGGGCCUACGCCAAAGCUCAAGCAGCACGAGCUCAACUGGCCUUCGCUGAAAAGGAAGCCAAUGCAAUGAAACAGAGAGCGGAACUGGAUGCUCAUCUACAUGUCCUCCAGUGCCAAAAAGCAAUAGCCGCAGCUGAAGCAGAGGCCUCAGCCUAUGAAGAAGCAGAGAUUCAGAGCGGGGAGCUCUAUGGAGAACUCUGUGAGGAAGUUGAGCCCAUCAGUGCAGUGCACCGCACUAACGAAUAUGUUCAACAACAACAUGAGUUACUCUACCCAGACACUCAGCACGACCCAGCACAGCUUCCUAAAGGGAAUGACAAUGAAGUAGAUGUACAAGACAGUACACAAAUAACUAAUCCGUUUAUAACCAACUCUCAGAUGAAACCACCACCUGUAAACAGAGAAAGGAAACAGGAGCAAACAGUGAACACAUGUGUAGUCGACACAUACUGGUCCAACUCCACAAAGCACACCCCCAACCUUAACAACUGCUUACCGGAAGCAAGUGAAACGCAACAGUUUGCAAAAUACCUAAUUCGCAAAGAACUAGUCAGCACAGGCUAA